AUGGAGGAUUCAGGCCCCCGGCCUAUUGCGUUUACGCAUAGGAGCAGCUCAAGCAUCAAUUGCGAAAACAGUGCAGCGAGCAACGGAAACCUCAAUGGGUCCUUGUUUCGGCGAGACUCUAACAUCAGCAAUGCUAGCUUUGUGUCCGAUGUCGAAAUGGCUCACGAGGAGGUGUUUGCGGGACCUAUGUCGGAGAGCGUCCCAUCGAGUGUGACUGGGUUUGCCCACCGGCGAUCGAGGGCAGAUUCAGUAGCAAGUUUUACAUAUUUCCAAGAGGAUGAUGAGUCUCCUGAAUGGUCCGUGGAUCAGGCUGUCAUAGAUGAGGAGGACGAAGACACGGACAUUGGCAAGCAGCCUGGAGAAGACGUAGAGUACGAUUUGGAGUCAGGCACCAUAUCGUCCCAGAGACGCAAAUCUUCGGGUUUCUCCAAAAGUACUGCCGAAGAGCCUCUUCUUCACCGUAACGACUCUACCAAGACUGACGCGAGCGGCUUCGGACGGGGAGCAAGGUCAAGCCAGAAGAUUUAUGUUGUGUCCGAGGAUUUGACCAUCGUUGUCGCUGGGUUUAUCACAAAGCCGUUGGGCUUGAUACUUUACCUGACCUUUUGCGCUUUCUCUUUGGGCUUGGGAUACUUGAUUCUUCGCUGGCUUCCUCGUUGGCGAGUCCGUCUGACAGGAUCUCCAAAACCGUUACGCGAGUGCAACUGGGUUGUCGUUGAGAACCAAUGGGGCGAGUUUAUGGUACAAGACAUUGUCACAAUCCAAUACGGCCACGUCACUUCGACUGUCUUUGGCUUGAGGGAAAAGAAAAGCUUUCCUCUCGAUUACGAUGAGGAUGAUGACCCUAUAAUGACACAUCUGCGGUUUUUAGACUAUCGUUACAUCAGCUUCUGUUUUCACCCGUUGAAAGACAACUUUGUGCUGUGUAGCGAUUGGAAAGAUCCUGACUGGACAGACGUAAAGUUGAUCAGGGCCGGCUUGGACAGUGAUGAGCGCCAUAGGAGGGAACAGGUUUUUGGCAAGAACCAGAUCGACAUCAAACAGAAAUCUAUUCUCCAGCUACUUGUGGAUGAGGCCUUUCACCCUUUCUACAUCUUCCAGGUUGCGAGCCUGAUUCUCUGGUCCCUCGACGAGUAUUAUUACUACGCAGUGUGCAUCUUCUUCAUUUCAGUAGUCAGCAUCACGACAACCUUGAUUGAAACCAGAUCAACCAUGAAACGCCUGCGCGAAAUAUCGCGCUUCGAGUGCGAGGUUAGAGUCUUGCGAAACGGGUUCUGGCGACAAGUGGAAAAUGGCGAGCUUGUGCCAGGAGAUGUAUACGAAGUUUCCGAUCCAUCUUUGACCCAAUUUCCAUGUGAUAGCCUAUUGCUCGCAGGAGACUGUAUCGUCAAUGAGAGCAUGCUUACUGGCGAGUCUGUGCCGGUCUCAAAAGUCCCGGCAACCGAUGGAUCCCUACAACUGUUGAGUAUGAGUUCAAGCACAAUGAAUCCUGAAGUCGCCAAGCAUUUCCUUUUCAGCGGGACGAAGAUCAUCAGAGCGAGGCGGCCUCAAGAAGGACAGGACGAUGAGGCCGUUGCAUUAGCUAUCGCUGUCAGGACCGGCUUCAAUACAACCAAAGGCGCUCUCGUCCGUUCAAUGCUCUUUCCCAAGCCAUCAGGGUUCAAAUUCUACAAGGAUGCCUUCCGGUAUAUAUCCGUCAUGGCUGGUGUUGCUGCGAUUGGCUUCAUUGCCUCCUUUGUAAACUUCGUUAGGCUCAACCUUGCAUGGCGUUUGAUCAUUGUUCGCGCCCUAGACUUGAUCACGAUUGUUGUCCCUCCUGCCCUGCCCGCUACCUUAUCCAUUGGAACCAAUUUCGCUCUGUCCCGAUUGAAAAAGAAGCAAAUCUUUUGCAUAAGUCCCCAAAGGGUCAACGUAGGCGGAAAGCUCGACGUCAUCUGUUUUGACAAGACUGGAACCCUGACCGAAGACGGCCUUGAUGUCUUAGGGGUAAGAGUUGUCCAUCGGCCAGCGAUGAGAUUCAGUGGCGUACUUGGUGAUUCCUCAACCCUCCUGCCUGGUGCUGCUUAUCAACGAGAUCCCACGGUUAAUUAUCAGAUCCAUAAAGCCGCUCUGUAUACAAUGGCUACUUGCCACUCCUUGCGUGUUGUGGACGAUGAGCUACUAGGAGAUCCUCUCGAUGUCAAGAUGUUCGAGUUCACUGGCUGGUCUUUCGAAGAAUUCGCACAGAAGGCAAAUGUCAUUGACCAAGAAGAUGGCCAAAACAGCCCUUCAUCGAUAGCUAGACCACCCCCUGGUCUGGAGUACGGCAUUGAUGAAAUGCCGCAAUCAGCGACUAAUGCACAGAUCGAGCUAGGGAUUUUGAAGUCCUUCGAAUUUGUGUCACAGUUGCGUCGAGCUAGUGUUGUCGUUGGUCAAUCUGGCUUUCCAGGUGGUGACAUCUACGUAAAAGGAGCACCCGAGUGCAUGACAGACAUCUGUCGACAGGAUAGCUUUCCUGUUGAUUACGACGACCUGCUUAGCUUUUACACUCAUAGGGGCUUUCGGGUCAUCGCCUGCGCAACCAAGCAUAUCGAAGCGCUGAAUUGGACAAAGGUGGAGACGAUGAGGCGCCAGGAUGCUGAGUCUGACCUCGAUUUCCUUGGCUUCAUUAUUUUUGAAAACAAGUUGAAACCUUCCACUACAGGAGUAAUCGAUGAACUCAAUGAUGCCGACAUUCGAAAAGUCAUGUGUACAGGAGACAACAUACUCACAGCGAUCAGUGUGGCCAGAGAGUGUAAUUUGGUUGAUCGUACAGCUCAUUGCUUCAUUCCACAUUUCGUGGAUGGCGACUACCGAGACCCUAAAGCUCUUUUGAAAUGGCAGAGCAUUGACAACUCGCUCUUUGAAUUGGACGAUAAUACACUCAUGCCUUUGCCACCACCCGCAGAAGCCGACGCCUCAUUACCAUAUGACAUUUCCAACCUUCGAAACUACUCACUCGCUGUGAGUGGAGAUGUCUUUAGAUGGAUUAUUGAGUUUGGUAGCGAAGACGUACUGAAGAGGAUGCUUGCCCGUGGUCAAGUCUUCGCACGAAUGUCGCCAGAUGAAAAGCACGAAUUGGUGGAGAAGCUGCAGAGUUUAGACUAUUGUUGCGGUUUCUGCGGUGAUGGGGCGAACGACUGCGGAGCUCUAAAGGCCGCGGAUGUCGGCAUAUCUCUCUCUGAGGCGGAAGCCUCUGUAGCAGCGCCAUUCACAAGCCGGGUCUUCGAUAUAUCUUGCGUCCCUGAGGUCAUCCGUGAAGGACGUGCAGCUCUUGUGACGAGCUUUUGCUGUUUCAAGUAUAUGAGCCUCUACUCCGCGAUCCAGUUCACAUCGGUCAGCUUCCUCUAUGCGUCUGCCUCAAACUUAGGGGAUUUCCAGUUCUUGUUCAUAGAUAUUCUCUUGGUGCUGCCAGUCGCAAUCUUUAUGGGAUGGACUGGUGCCUAUCCAACGCUGUGUAGCAAGCGACCAACUGCGAGCCUUGUGUCUCGAAAAGUCCUCACCCCGUUGUUGGGUCAAGUCCUGCUGUGCAUAAUUAUCCAGUUGGUUGGCUUCGAAUUCGUACAACGGCAGACAUGGUUCAUUCCUCCACAGCUGGACACCCAAAAGUCCAAUAUAAAGAAUUCGGAAAACACGACUCUCUUCUUGAUAUCCUGUUUCCAGUACAUAUUCUCCGGGAUUGUGCUCAGUGUUGGCCCGCCGUUCAGGCAAUCAAUGCGAAACAAUCUGCCCUUCGUGGUGACCAUUGUCGCGACUUCCCUGUUUUCUGCUUACAUGCUGUUCGACCCCGGAGCCUGGCUUGCCAACCUUAUGCAAUUGACAGACAUGUCUGUUGAUUUCAAGGUCUUCGUGCUCGUCUUAGCACUAGGCGGUCUGGCAUGCGCAUGGAUAGCUGAGAGGCGAGUGUUCCUAUGGUUGGCACGGCUCCUUGGGGAGCUGCAUGAUACGCUAUGGCCUCAUCGCCGCAAGAAGCAAAAGGAAUACAAACGUCUUUUGCAAGAGAUGCGGAUGACACUAAUAUGGUGUGAGCUCAAAAAUAACGAUUCGAGCAAUAUGAAUCACGACUGGGUUCUAGACGGAGGCUGGCUGCCCCAAGCAGUCAUUCGAUAUGGAAUUCGACGACAGCUACGAGACCGCAUUCAUGCUAUCCAGACAACAUCGCUUGACGAAGCAUAUCAGGCGAAGAUGAAAUACGUGAAGGCGCUACGAACACGACCAAUGGCAAUUGAAACUGCCACCGCUAAUUCUCAGCAUUACGAGGUCGGUACAGGGGUUUUGAGGGCCUGCCUGGGGCCGCGAAUGAAGUAUAGCUGCUGUCUCUACCCCACUGGGAAAGAGACACUAGGACACGCCGAGGUGGAGAUGCUGGAGACGUAUAUAGAAAAAGCGGAACUGGCCGAUGGGAUGAAAGUCUUAGAUUUGGGUUGUGGUUGGGGAUCUGGAGCACUCUUCUUCGCCGAGAUAUUCCCAAACGCCAGGAUCACAGCAUUUUCCAAUUCAAGGACCCAGAAAGCAUACAUUGACGAUCAGGCCGAGUCAAAAGGACUUUCAAACAUCAAGGUACUCACUGGAGAUGUCGUGGAUUACGAAUUCGAUGAAGAUGCUUUUGACCGUGUGAUAUCUAUUGAGCUGUUCGAACAUAUGAAGAAUUAUCAGCUUCUAAUGGCGAAGGUAUCGCGCGCCUUGAGGCCAGGUGGGAAGCUUUUCAUUCACAUAUUCGCUCAUAAAACAACACCCUACGAUUUCGAAGAAGGGUGGAUGAGCACGCACUUUUUUACUGGGGGCACAAUGCCCAGUGCGGACCUGCUACACUACUUUCAAGGGGACCUUAAAUUGCAGGAGCAAUGGUGGGUGAGCGGGAAGCAUUAUGCUAGGACCUGCGAGGAUUGGCUGUCAAAAAUGAACGACAGCAAGCAAGAGAUCUGGCCUCACCUGGAAGAUACAUAUGGGAAGAACAGUGCUGCUAUGUGGUUUUACAGAUGGCAGAUCUUUUAUAUGGCCUGCGCUGAGCUCUUUGCGUAUGAGGGUGGGGAUACUUGGGGGGUAUCACAUUAUCUGUUUGAAAAGCCAUAG